GCCAAAGUAACGUGUACGAACAGAAAAUGAAAGCGUCCACGAAGAAGAAACUCUGAACUUUGAGACGAACGGUGAAGAAGAUGCGAUACCGCCGCCCCCAAAUGGGGGGUACGGUUGGGUCAUAGUGUUUGCUUCCUUUAUGUGUAACUUAGUCGUCGAUGGUAUUGGAUAUUCCUUCGGUGCAUUUCUUCCGGAACUAGUAAAAUACUUUGAAGUUGGAAAAGGAACUAUCGCCUUGGUUGGCAGCAUACUGGCUGGAUCACUUUUAGCUGUAGGUCCGGUGGUAUCAGCACUAUGCAACAAAUAUGGAUGCCGUGCGGUUUGUAUGGUGGGGUCUGUGAUCGCCACCUUCGGUUUCUUGCUAUCAAGUUUCUGCACCAACGUGCCUUUCAUGAUGAUUACAUACGGAGCUAUUGGAGGUAUAGGCUUCGGCAUGAUGUAUUUACCAGCGGUAGUAGCCGUGGGGUACUAUUUUGACACCAAACGCUCCUUAGCUACGGGCAUCGCCGUAUGCGGUUCUGGAGUCGGAACGUUUGCCUUUCCACCUCUAGCUUCGUACUUGUUAAAUAAGUAUGGCAGCUGGCAAAGUGCGAACCUUAUUCUGGCUGGUUUAAUUUUAAAUGGAGUCGUUUUUGGUUCGCUGAUGAGACCGCUUACUUAUCCUAAGAAAAAACAAUCCAUAUUACUCGAACUUCAGACAGUAGAAAAGAAUUUGCAAAUGCCACGUGGAUCUAACGAUUAUAUCAACGAAAAGCCCGUGGCAAAGGUAGAAAAUUCACCACAAAACAUGUCACGCAACGUGUCAUUACCGGCAUUUACUUCCAUCGGCAUGUCCACAAUUAAAUCAGUGCCGUCCUUCGAGAGGAACUAUAGUAUAGAUAGACCAAAGCUGUCUCUCGCGAGACCCAGAGCUGUGUCGAAGGGUUCGAUAAGCAUGGAUUGUGAGGGUCAGUUCUACAGCUCAAGAAUGUCAGUGUCAUCCAAAGAGCAGCCGAAAAUGGUGCGUCCUUUAUCGAGAAAGGACAUCUUUUACACGGGUUCAAUCGUGAAUCUGCCUCAGUAUCAAAGUCAGAAGUCGCUACAGGGAUUUCGGAAUUCCAUGAUUAGUCUGCAGCAUAGACAAAGCGAUGUGGAACGUGAUGGUGUAGCCAUUAGCGGCCCAUCAAUGUUUGACGUAAGCCUUUUCAAGGACAAGGCGUUUAUGCUGAUUGGACUUUCGAACUUCUUCGGCAUGGCUGCGCUCUACAUUCCCUUUGUAUAUAUAUCUCAAGCCGCUAUUUACAAAGGCGUAGAUCCAACUCAAGCGGCGUUCUUAGUAUCAGUAAUUGGCAUCACAAAUACUGUGGCCCGUAUCGUGUGCGGAUACAUUGCAGAUUUUCCUUGGAUGGACUCCUUGUUCCUCAACAAUAUAUGUCUAGUCAUGGCUACGGUAUCCGUAGCAUUUACGCCAUUCUGUGCAUCUUACGCGUCGUUUCUCUGUGUACUAAUCGUCUUUGGUAUUGCUAUAGCGGGCUACAUUUCUCUGACGUCCAUAAUUCUAGUGGAUCUGCUAGGGUUGGACAAACUGACGAAUGCGUUUGGUUUACUCAUUUUGUUCCGUGGUACCGCUUGUUACAUCGGCUCUCCGCUUGCUGGGGCUAUUUAUGACAUGACUGAAAGUUACGACGCGUCUUUCUACGUAGCUGCUCUGUUCUUCUUGGCUUCGGCUAUAGCGUCUUUCGCUGCACCCAGGUUCCGAAAGAAACAAGAAGAGGUCCACGAUCCUACAGUACUCAGUCCUAUAACUGAGGACCAGGAGGAAUCGGAGGAUGAAGACGCUCUCGCUAUGAACCACGAUAAGAAUAGAGAUAUCCAUGCUCAGAAAAGAAGCGAUGACGUUUAAAAUGAGAACGUUAUGUUGAUGUUAGAUAAAAUGUUGAAUAUUUUAUAUGAUUAAUUGUCCGCGUGUAACAAAUUCGCAGCAAGCACGUUUAAGAGCAAUGGGUUGAGAGCACCAAAAUCGGCUAUCCUAAAUUGUAAAUAUUUAUAUAUUGUGAUGUUUUUGGGAAAUAACUCCACUCCUUUUGUUAUGAUUAUGAAUACAAUUGUUUUUCUGUGGGUUCGACCUUUAUAUUCACAAUCAUAACAAAAGCAGUGAAGUUAUUUCACAAAAAAUCUCAAUAAAUACAUUUGAUCGAAAAACGAGAUCUGGGUCAGUCGUGAUACCUGUAAAACUGCGGUGAGAAGGUUAUUCAAAAAUCUCUCACUAGAUGUCGCUGGCGGCGACGAAUGCUGAAAGAAUCAGAACAGAGAUCUAUAACAAAAACACAUAGGAGAAUUUCGACGACUCUGUAACUGGACCCGUGGCUCAGACGUUAGAGCAAUGCUACGGUGCAGCAUGGACGUGAUCAUAACAAAUCUGGUGGAGUUAUUUCACAAAAAUCCCGAUAAACACAUUUGAUCGAAAAGCGCCAUCUGAGUCAGAUACCUGUUAAAGGUAUCAGUUGCGGUGAGAAGGUUAUUCAAUAAUCUCUCACUAGAGGCGAUCAAUGUCGAAAAGUCAGUACAAAUAUCUGGAACAAAAACACACGAGAAUUUUGACGACUCGGUAACUGGACCCGUGCCUCAGAUGGUUAGAGCAAUGCUACGGUGCAGCAUUGACGUGGGUUCAAGUCCCACCGGGUCGACGAAAUGUUUCUGUGUGUUCGAUCUUUGUAUUUAUAAUCAUACAAACAUUUAUUUACAUAUAUAAAUAACCACCAUUUACCAUUACGAAACAAAUUACCUCCAUAGAAGACUAAUCUAUAAAUAUCUGAGAAUGUCACAAUACUUUGCAAUGUGCCACCGCACUCAUACUCUCGCACUGCACAUACGAGCUCGUGAGGGGGUACAUCUCAUUUCGUCUGUAUUUUGUAGAAAGAGUGUAGGUAAACGACAUUCCGAAAAAAUAUUGCAUGUUUUAAGUUUUCGCGACUGUUA